AUGGAGUCUAACGUGUCCAUAUACACAACCCUCCUGACUAUGGAAUCACUGGACUUAUUACCAGAAAACAUUUUACCAGUAUUUGUUUUUGUUACCCUUACCUACUGUGCCAUUUUGUUUUUCAAUAUAACACUAAUGGUUUCAGUUGCUCUUAACCAAAAACUUUACAAGCCUAUGUACAUUCUGUUGUUUAACAUGCCGAUUUUUGACAUUAUGGGCGCCUCUGCCUUGUUUCCACAGUUAAUGUCUAGUAUAUUAGCACAGAAUAGAUCUAUCACAUACUCAGCAUGUGCUGUACAAGCCUUCAUGGUGCAUACGUAUGGUACUGGGGCUCUUCUUAUUCUGACUGCUAUGGCUUAUGACAGAUAUGUCGCCAUUUGUUACCCACUGAAAUAUCACACCCUGAUGUCUCCAAAUAAAUUGUUAAUAAUAAUAAUUUUGGUAUGGACACUAGCUUGUGCUUUUGUCGGUACACUGGUUGCUUUAAAUCACCGUACAGAGAUUUGUAGCACAAAAAUUGUGGACACUUUUUGUAAUAAUCCGAGUUUAAUGAAGCUAAUUUGUGGGGACGUCAGGUUAAAUAACUACAUUGGACUGUUCCUGACUAUUGUCGUUCAGGGUCUGUCUCUGCUCAUAGUGUUCUUCACAUACAUUCAAAUCUUAAUCACAUGUGUUCUGAAAAGACAUUCUGAAGCCAAAAGCAAGGCGCUUCAGACCUGUGGUACACAUCUGGUUGUUUUAUUAUUUUUUGAGUUUAAUUCAGUAUUUGCAAUUACGGCACACAGGUUUGAUAGCAUAUCGCAACAUUUGAGGAAAGCACUUGGUGUUUCUGUGAUGAUAUUUCCUCCUUUUCUCAACCCUUUAAUAUAUGGAUUAAAAACUAAGGAACUUAGACAGAGCAUUGUUCUAAUUUUACAUAAAAAGAUUUCUCCAAAAUAG